UGGAAAUUGCCCUUCAGGAAAAUCAAAAUUUAAUGGAAAAAAUCGAUUCGUUGGAAAAUACUCUCGAUUUUAAGCGAACCGAGUUACAGGAGAAGCAAGAACAGGAGGAAUUGUUGCAAGAAAAGAUCAUGGAACUGAAUAUGGAAGUAAAUAAUUUGCGGAUGCAGCCCGAAGACGGAACAAAAAAGGGAAAUUCGUUAUUUGCGGAGGUCGAUGAUCAACGACAAAAGUUCCGAAAGUUGCUAAACGACCAAAACGAUCAAUAUAAGCAGAUGAAACGCGCUUAUCAAGACGGUCAAUUGGAAAUUCGUCGCUUGCGACGCGAAAAUAAGGAAAUUUUGGAGGAAAUGGAGUCGUGCAAGGAGUUAUUCAAGUCAUCGGAGGCGAUUUUCAAGCAAGGCUUACUCGAAAAAAUCGAAAUUUUGGAACAAGAUCGCGAAAAACAACAACAAAAGAUGUCAAAACUCGAAGAAGCCAUCGCCAGUACGCCAUCCACGAACUGGAUCAACACAAUGCUCUCGUAUUGUCGCUCCGAAACGAAAACUCUCAAAGAAAAGCUCUUUGAAUGUCUCAAACAAAAAAGUGCAAUCGAAGAAAGUCUCUUGAAAUCCCAACAAGAAUGCGCGAAAUUCAAAUUUGAAGCUUCAGAAUUGAAAACGAAGCUUCGAAGUAGCACAGAAAGUCAAGUAACGACCCCGCCGCCCCCCAUGGAAGACGAUUCCAUGCAAGAAAUUGAUGGAAAUACCGAAAUCGACGACAGUGUGCAAGAUUUCCUCAAAGAACUGAGUAACGAGGAUCGCAAGGAAAACAAGAAAAAGAAGGAAGAAAUCGAUUUCAAGCCUUAUUUGAGCGAGCCGAAGUUUCAAAGUAUUAAUGUUUUACAAGAAAAGGCGGAAAAUAUCGUUCAAACGAGAAAUCCGGCGAAAAAGGCGCCGAUUGUCGUGAAAAAAAUUGUGAUUCCUUCGCGCGCGGUUAAGAAAUAAAAUUCGUUUCGGUGGCUAAACAUUUUUUUUUCCUUUUAAUUUAUUUUUUUUUUCAUCAAUAA